AUGAGUGUUGGUGAUUGUGAUUUAGAAAAGUUCUCGAGCGGUAAUAACAUGAAAGAUCUAACAGAAAAAAUGAGUUCCCCGAGCAAGAAAGAUGAAGCAGAAGAAAAUGGUUCUUUUAUGGAUAUUGGAGGGGAUGAUAAUAUAUCUGAAGAUUGGAAUCCAACACAGAAGGAAGGGAUUUUUAAACGAAUAUUAGCAUUUAUCGGGUCGAAAGGGUAUAAUAAUAUGAUCAAAGCAAGUCUUGCGUAUUGGCUUGCAUUCUUGUUGGUUUUUAUUCAUCCAUUCGAACAUCAUUUCCAGAGAACCACUGUAUUCAACAAUUUGAUUUUGACCUGCAUUGUUGCUCACCCAGGAAUAUCCGUUGGUGCUUUUUUCCAAGGGGGAAUUGAUUUCUUAAUUGGAGUUCUCUUUGGUGGGGCGUGGUAUGCGUUAUUGGAUGGGGGACUAGGAAGCUCGAAAGCUGCAAUGAUAGUGGUGUUGUCAAUCGUCUAUCUCGUAGGUAUUGUUGUUACUCAACCCCCGAAGUUGGCUUCAGAAACAGUUAUAACUAUCAAUUUAUUACUAUGGCCUGAUUCUGCUGAGAAUGAGUUACGUCGAAAAUUAAUUUGUGCACUCGACAAUAUAAACACAUUCAACAAUCUCAACAUUAAAUCCUACUUAUUAAGCAUAACGACGAGUGAAAAGCAACGUCGUAAUGAUCUCGCACGAUCCAUUCGUGCCGAUGUACAAACUUUAUCAACGUUACUUCAAACCGCUGACUCUGAAAUCAGUUAUUCGGAAUUCUCACUAAAAGAAUAUGCUAGUUUCGUAGCACAGAUCAAAAGGCUCCAGCAAUAUUUAUUAGCGGUAUUUGGAAAUUUAGUGACGCAUGAGGAAGCUAUGAAAGAAAAUGAUAAAUUUCAGGAGGAAUUUUUGGGCGUAUUACGGACUCCUUUGAAUUGUUUGAGCGCUGGUUGUGAUUUGGUGAUCAAUUCGCUGAAACAUAAACUUGAUCCAGAUAAAAAAGCUCAAGCAGUUGAUCUAGAAGACGGAAUCAAAGCAUUUGCAGAUAUUCGUAAUAAUCUUCCAAAUGAUUUAACAGUCGAAAGUAGUGAAGGACUUUUACAAACGACAUUGGCGAUAAUUCAAGAAGAACAAUUUAUUAUUCUAAGAAACUUGUUUACUCUAGAAUUAGAUUGUUAUCCCGCAGUUCAUUAUAGUGUUGAAGCAUUCAACGAAAUGAAAGAAUCGAAAAGAGUCGAUUUUUUGGUGGACUUUUUCAUGUUUGGAAUAAGAGAAUUUGUUGAAGAGUUAUUACAACUUCGUCAAUCAAUUAGCAAUAGCUCGGAGUCAAAGACAGGAAAGAGAGCUAAAUCUAUUCGGACUCAUUUUCAUUCUCCAUUAAGUAUUUUUGCAUUGAAAGGAGCUUUACUUUUAUGCGUCGGAUUAAUUCCUUUGUUGAUUGGAGGAGAAUCAAAAGCCUUCUUUUUACAAUGGAAUUUGCAAUCUAUUGCCAUUCCUUUAUUAGUAUCACUUAGUCCGAUACAAGGAGCUUCGUUCCUUGCUUUCAUGUAUGCUAUUUUUGGAACUCUUAUUGGAUCUGUGUGGGGUUAUGUAUCCUUAAUCACCUGGGGAACUUCGGACCCUUAUGGACUCUUGUUUUUCAUCGCUCUCUUCGCAUUGCCUGCAUGCUAUGUGGCCACAAAUACGCCUUAUGUAGUGGGAUCUUUGAUUGCCAGGAUAUCGUUAUCGAGUGUUAUUCUAGCGAUUUAUCUGAAUAGAAAUAACCCAACAUAUGAUAAACCUUUUAAAAGAGCAUACAAAAAUUUGGCUGUAACUGGAAUAGUCGUCGCGUCUGUCUUUUUCGUUCAGGUUUUUAUUUAUCCAAAUUAUGCUCGACGCGUACUUCGUCACCAAAUUUGUGAAGUACUCGAGAAUCUCCGACUUUAUUAUGAACAAGUUUCCCUAAUCAUCGUGACCCUCAUGGACAAAAAAACUAAAGAGGAAGAUGCAAAAGCAUUAAGUCAAGCAUGCUACAAACGAGAAGUAAAACUCCAAACCAAGAUACUCGGUCUACGCCCACUACUAUUAUUUGCUACGGCAGAACCACGAUUUUCGGGGCCACUUCAAACAAAAGUCUACGAACAAAUCUUGCACCAUAUUCAAGUGAUACUUGACCGCGUCUCUUGGGCACGCACAAGUAUCGGCACAAGACCAUUUUGCGAAAAAGUCAUCGACGACUUUUAUCUGCCAAUGAUGGAUGCGCGCAAAGAAGUCGUGCAAACGUUUCGCCUGUUGUUAUAUGUAUAUGCUAAUGCUAUGAAAUCAAAACUUCCAUUGCCGAAUGCGCUCCCGAGUUCAGAACAGGCACGGCAUAAUUGGACACAAAAAAUGUUAGAAGUGACAAAGAAAAUACAGCUAUCAGGGAGAUUGGUUGGGAGAGUGUUUGAAGGAAUUGUUUGGAUCAUCUGA